AUGGCUUUCAAGAUCCUUAUCAAUGGAGCGGGCGUCGCAGGCACGGCUUUGGCUGCCAUGCUCCUCUCCUCGCCUGUACGCGCCGCCGCCUACGCCAUCACAGUGGUCGAGCGUGCCCCAGCACUGCGCACUGGCGGGCAGCAAGUCGACCUGCGAGCGCAGGGAAUCCCAAUUAUGCAGCGUAUCGGCCUGCUGCCGGCCAUCAGGGCACGGUGCGCAGUGGAGGAAGGGCUCGCGCUCGUCGACACCCACGGUAGCUUCAGGGCGCUGCUGGGAAAGAACAAGACGGGCAGAGGCCGUCAGGCUCUGACAAGCGAGCUCGAGAUUAUGCGUGGUGAGCUGGUGGAUGUGCUGUACCAGAAGAGCCUCGAGCUGGCUGCCAAGGGGCGGAAGCCGCAGGAGGCGUUACAAUACGGAUUCGGCAAAUUCGCGACGGAGAUGCACCAGCACAGGGACGGUGUCGAUGUUGUAUUUUCGGAUGGCUCGAGAAGCAAGUUCGAUUUGGUUGUUGGGGCCGACGGCCUGCGUUCUAGCACGCGUAGGAUGGCUUUUGGUGCUCAGGAGGACCAGAGCACGUUUGCCUCUCUGGGUGUAUACAUGGCCUUGUUCAACAUCCCGAGAGAUGCCGCAGAGAACCAGCCCGAGAUCGCCAAGAUGUACAAUGCCCCCGGCAGACGGUCCAUCGCUACUCGUACUGGAGACCAGCCUCUCACACAGGUAGUCUUGAGCAUCAUGCAUCCUAGUCGGAACUUGAUCGGGUCCAUGACAAAGGGCAUUGACGAGCAGAAGGCGGCGUGGGCUGAGGCUUUUAGAGGGGCCGGGUGGAAGACGGAUCAGCUAUUGGACAACAUGCUCAACAAUGCCGACUUCUUUUACGCGUACGAGUCGGCCCAGAUCAAGUUGGAUCACUGGCACGAUGGCCGCAUAGCGCUUCUGGGAGAUGCCGGGUACUGCCCUAGCCCAAACUCAGGACUAGGCACGACAGGUGCCCUUGUCGGAGCCUUCGUCCUAGCAGGAGAGCUGGCUAAGCAGCGCGAAGGCGAUGUAGGCGCUGCGCUCCGGGGCUACGAGACUGUGUUGAAGCCUUUCGUUACCGAAAUGCAGAAGCUACCCCCUGGUAUACCGAGACUGUUCUACUACGAGACGCAGGCCGGGAUCUGGCUCAUGCAUAGGAUCAUGGGAGCGCUCGUCGGAUUGAAGAUCGACAAGCUGCUCUACAGGUCUUUGCCUGAAGCGCAGGGGGACUGGGAGGUGCCAGAUUAUCCGCAGCUAGAGGUCGAAGGCGGAAGACAGUGCAUCUGA